AUGGAGAUUAUUGAUGCAGCAUCCUAAAAUUCCACGAGGACCUCUAAAAAAUCAUAGGGGACAGGAUCUGGUUAUAAAUAAGAGUUGAACAGGGGUUUCAGUGCGUUUAUGAGCUUUUCGAUAACUUUUACUAAUGUAGCAUGCAUCUCUUCAAUUGUAAUGCUUAUUGAUUUCGGAAUGAUCACUGGAGGUCCUGUAGUUAUGCUUUUUGGAUGGAUACUUGUGUCAAUAUUCACAAUGAUAGUAGCUUCCUCGAUGGCGGAAAUAUGUUCAACAUAUCCAGUUACAGGGAGUGUAUAUUACUGGUCAGGAGCACUAGCUAACUAUAAAUGGUCACCAAUUGCUUCCUAUUUAUGUGGCUGGUUCAAUUUUUUGGGAAAUUUAGCUAACAAUGCUAGCUUUUCAUUUGGUUUGGCCAAAUUUCUAUCUGGGAUAUUUGCUCUGUCAAUAGAAAGUAAGGAUGCCUUCAGUGUACAUACUUAGAUCUUCAUUGCAAUCGUGUUAUUAAUACUAUGGAGUUUGAAAAAUUACAUGAAGAUUGAACAUUAAGGAUGGUUCAACAAUACGUCAGCUGUUUAUUAAUUUGUGAGCACAAUCUUUGUAGUGAUUGUCAUAUUCCUAGUUUCACCAAAAUUCUCCUCGAACAAAUUCGUUUUCACUAAAUUUAAUAACCAAACUGGAUUCGAUAAUACAUACUAUGUAAGUAUGCUUGGACUUUUAAUGGCAAUGUUUGGAUUUUCAGGUUAUGAGGGUGGAGCUACUCUAGCUGAAGAAACCACUGACGCAAGUGUUAGUGCACCAAAAGGCAUAAUUUAUUCUUGCCUUCUCUCAGCUAUCACUGGGCUAAUUUUUAUAAUGGCUAUACUCUACGGCUGUGGGGAGAAUAUUGACUCAAUAAUUAAUGGGAAUAGUGAUCAUGGUGCUGUUAAUUUCUUCUAUAUAGUAUUUAGUGGAGAUUAAAGUUGGGUAGUGUUUAUGAUUCUAAUAUUAAUGAUGAAUUUGUUCUUAGUAGGCUUUAGCACAACAACUAUUUCUUCUAGAGUAGGAUAUGCUAUGGCUAGAGAUGGCGCUUUUCCAUAUUCUAAAUUUUUAAGUCAAGUGAAUCCUUAGACUCAAACACCAGAUCGAAUGAUCUUUCUAAGUUACUCAUUCCAAAUAUUCCUUCUAAAGAAGUCAUUAUAGUUUAGGUGA